AUGGCGAAGUCUGAUUUUCUAAUCAAAGAUUAUAUCUUUCUUUUAUCCCCUACCUCUUGCUUGGUAAAGCAAUUGCUUCAGAAGGGUUAUGCUGUCAACACCACUGUUACAGAUCCAGAUAAUGCUAAGAAAAUAUAUCACCUUUUAGCACUGCAAAGUUUGGACGAAUUGAACAUAUUUGGAGCAGAUUUAAUUAUUGAAAAGGAUUUUGAUGCCCCUAUUGCAGGCUGUGAACUUGUCUUUCAGCUUGCUACACCUGUGAACUUUGCUUCUGAAGACCCUGAGAAUGACAUGAUCAAGCCUGCAAUAUCAGGAGUGUUGAGUGUGUUGAAAGCAUAUGCUCGAGCAAAAGGUGUCAAACGAGUCAUUUUAACAUCUUCAACAGUUGUUGUAACCAUAAACCCUGUCAAGGAGAAAGGUCUGGUUAUGGAUGAAAGCAACUGGACUGAUGUUGAGUUCUUGAGCACUGCAAAACCACCCACAUGGGGUUAUCCUGUCUCCAAAGCACUGGCAGAGAAAGCUGCAUGGAAAUUUGCUGAAGAGAAUCACAUGGAUCUCAUCACUAUGAUACCAACUCUCACAACUGGUCCUUCUCUCACUCCAGACAUCCCAUCAAGUGUUGGCCUAGCCACAUCUCUCAUAACAGGUUCAAAAUAUAGGAAUGUCAGAAUCUUUAUCAGCAUGAACCAUGUCAUGUUGUCACCACCGUGUCGGAAAUCGCACAACCAGAUUUGAACCAUCAUUACGGCGCGACACCAAGCGAAUCCUAAAUGCCUAAAUUGAACUCACCACCACUGUGCAACCUGCAAAAACGCAGAAGGCGAGACCCUUCAAUAGAGUCCAAGCCAAUCUAAGGUUGUUUUCAUGAAUGUAAUCAAUUUAUGUGGAAGAGCCUUUUG